UGAAUGCAUUUCUAAUAUUCUCCUGAGUUCGAAAUCAUCAAAAAUGUCCAGCAUUGAUGGCAUUUAUUCCUUGCGGCUGGUUGUUGUGGAUUUCUAUAUGGAGAAGCCGGUAUUUGGUCUGGAUCCCUGCUACUCGGAGUUGCGCGGCAAGGAAAUCAAACGUGUGCCCAUUGUGCGGAUAUUUGGGGCCAAUGCCAAAGGCCAAAAGAGCUGCAUGCAUGUGCACGGAGUGUUCCCCUACUUUUACAUACCCUACGAUAAAAGGGACUUUGAAUCCGUGGAACGAGGAAUAUUGCAAAUAGCGAUGCAUCUGGACAAGGCCAUCAAUAUAUCUUUGGGCCAGGGCAGCUCCAAUGCGCAGCAUGUCUUCAAAAUACAAUUGGUGAAAGGCAUACCAUUCUAUGGCUACCAUCGUGGCGAGCAUCAGUUUUUUAAGAUUUACAUGUUCAAUCCUCGAUUUGUUCGGCGUGCAGCCAAUUUGCUGCAAAGCGGCGCCAUACUCAGCAGGAAUUUCAAUCCACACGAGUCGCAUGUGCCGUACAUUCUGCAGUUUAUGAUCGAUUACAAUCUGUAUGGCAUGAGCUAUCUGCAUGUGCCGCUCGAGAUUGUCAAGUUUCGCAGGCAUACAGAUGAGGAUGCUGUGCCCUAUGCGGAUGUUCAACCGCAACAGCUGCUGGACACAUCGAUUGUUAAGAAGAUGGCCUGCAGCGCCUUGGAACUGGAUAUUAAUUCAAAUUUCAUACUGAAUCGCUUUCAAUUGGUCACCAAGAGCAACGCAACACAUUCAAAUCCGGGCAUUGAGGCCAUUUGGCAUGAUGAGCAUGUGCGGCGCCAGAAAUUGGCUCAAAGCCUUGCUGCUGAUAGUCAGAGUUUAAAUGAGCUGCCGGUGCUGCAAGUGCCGCCCACUCAGGAGCGACCCAAUGUGGAAAUAGCUGAGAGCGAUAGUUUUUAUCGAGCGGCGCUGGAAAGCAAGCUGCUCACCUUGGAGCAGACAUUGAGCACGGAUCAAACGAUCUCGGAUCAGACACAGAUUAGCAAUGAGAGCCAUGCAAACGUGACGCUGCAAACGAGCGCCAAGGAGCAGCGUCGAAAAUUCAAUCUGCAAAAGCUGCUGGUCAACUGCGUGUAUCCCGAGGAAUGCAGCCCGGAGGCACAGCAGCAGCUGAUGAACGCCUCUGUCAUCCAAAAUCACCUGUCUGGCAGCGGCAGCCUGCAGAGCGUCGUACAGCAGCAGAGUGCCUCAAAUGAUGAGGCUGCCUUUUUGGAUGAUACGCUCAUCGAUGAGCAGCUCAUACAAUCUCAGGGUCCAGUGCCACAUGAUGCCACCUUGCGCGAGGAGGAUUUAGAACUGCUCGAUGUGCUGCAACAGCUGGAGGAGCAGAAUGCAAAUGAACCACUCAUCGAUUUAGACAGUUCGCUGGCGCAACUCUCGCAGCAGCAUAAGCAGUUUGAACUAACGCCUGAGUUGCUGGACAAGCAGACAGCCGCCGCAGCCGCACAGCAGCCGAUCUCUGAUGGCGAAAGCGACAAUUCGGAUGAGGAGACGGCCGCUGGCAAUCUGCUUGACUUCUCUGUGGCACUCGAUGACAUUGACGAGCUGCUGCUCAAGCUUACCCAGAGUCAGCCCAAGCCGGCUGCCGAGCCCAGUCAGCAACUGCAACUGCCGCAAAUGGAUGGCGCCGAUGAUCAGCAACUGCAGCGCACACCCACCAAACUGAGACCCAAAGUGCAACGCAGUCCGCCACGCACACCCACCACGCCCAGGAGUCGCAUAAGCAUGCAGCAGCCACGCACGCCCAAGUCCAAGAGUGCGGCCAAGAAAUAUGCACCGCUGCCGCUCACCAUCACCAGCAAAUCGGCGCAGAAGAAUGUAGAAGUAGCAGCACCAACAGUUGCAGUGUCAGCGGGUAGCAGCGUAAAGACACGGCUCAGUCAGCAGCUGGAAACCGGCGUCAGAAGCAGUCCAGCGUUAACGUUGCGCAAGAAGCUGGCCAUAACGGAGUUGCGUCGCAAAACCAUCUCGGCACCGCCAACCACUCGGGAGACUAAAGUAGCACAGCAGUCGGAUGAAGCUACGCCCCUAAGGCGCAGCAGUCGAAAUCGGGCGAGAGAUUUGGAUAAAACACACAUCGUUUGCUCCCUAACACCUCGACAGAAGAAUGCGCGGAUUUCGGAUAUCUUUACAGUAACGGCAGAAAGCACGGCAAGCACAGCUGCGACUUCUUCAGAGUCCAAGAAGCCACGACGCAGUGCUCGAAAUAGGACCAGACUGGUUAUGGAGGAGGUGCCAACUCAAGCAGAUCCUUGCCUGGAAGUCCAUCAACAGAAUUCACCUGCCACUGCAACCAGCGAUGAUGAGGCAAUCGUGUCGGAUACGGAAAGUGAUAGAAGUGUGCUCAAGCUGCGUAAAACACCAAAUUUGAGACGUUUGCGAAGCAGCUUUCGCGAAUCAGUGUUGGCCAAAAGAGCGACGCCGACCAGCGAGAAGCUAACAAGUCCAAUGACAGAGAGAAAAAUAAUUGACAGUACAGUGAUGCAGACUCCAGCGAGUAAUGUGAAAGAGUGUUUAACUAGGGAAACUCCUAGGAGUAAAAGAGCAGUGAGUGCUGCGACUAAAACUCCAACGAGUAAGACUGCAGGGAGUCUGUUAAGUGAAACUUCAGCGAGUGAAAGAGUGAUGAGUGCUGCUAAUCAAACUCCAGCGAGUAGUGUGAAAGAGAGUCUCACAGCUCAAACUCCAGCGAGUAAUGUGAAAAAAAGUCUCACAGCUCGAACUCCAGCGAUUAAUGUGAAAGAGAGCUUAUCAAGCGAAACUCUAACAAGUAAAAGAGCAGUGAAUGCUACGAAUCAAACUCCAGCGAGUAAUGUAAAGGCGAGUCCAUCCAGCCAAACUCCAGCGAGUAAUGUAAAAAAGACUACAUGCAGUCAAACUCCAACGAGCAAAAGAGUGGUGAGUCUACCAAGUCAAACUCCAGCGUAUAAUGCAAAAGAUAGUGUAACGAAUCAAGCUCCAGCGAGUGAAACACCGACGAGUCUAUUUCGUCCAAUGAAGCAGACUCAAACCGAGUGUGCAAAUGAAGCAAGUGACUCGCCACAAUGUAGUCCACUGAGUAGUGCGAGUAAUACACCGGAACUAAUGAAGAGUUUCUAUGAGCACUCGCUGGUUAUUAACAGUCCGUCCGUAUUCAGCGAUGAUUUGUCCAGUCCUCAGCUACCCGCCCAGUCCAAAAUAGUUUCCAAGCCGUGCGCCAGUUCAAGCAGGUCCGGCGAUCCCAAUGUGAUUGUGAUAGCACCGCUAGAACUACCGCCCAGCUAUGAGGAGGUGCUGCAUAGCUGUCACAAACUGGACAUACCCGAGCAUGUGUUCCAGCAGCCCUUCUACAGCAAUCCGGCGGAUGUCAGCAAAAUGACGGAGGUUGGCUUUCUGGUGCUUCGCAUACCGGGCAAUAAGCUAAGCGAUCUGGAGGCCUUCCAAAGCAGCGUCCUGGACAGCAAACGCGGUCUGGCCGCCUGGCGGCGCAGGCAGUUAGUUGGCAUUGGCGGAGCGGCCAUGUUGCAACGCUAUCGCAGCGAGGAACAGUUGCGAACGUACUUCAGCACCGAGCAGCGUCUGGUGAUUGAGCCGGCAAUGAGUCCGCCGACCAAACAGGAUGCCAAAAUCUGGCUAAAGGCCAGACAGCUGCUCAAGGAUGAAAAGGAGCGCGUGCUGACCACUGAUGUGGAUAGUCCCAUUAAAAUAAAGCGCCAAAAGAUAACCAUGAUGCUGAACGAAGACGACUGCGUUGCAAGUGGUGAGGAAGAUUUGGAGCUCAGCUGCAGUGGAUUAACCCUAACGCCCAUGACGCCGCAGCUCACUGGAUCGGUCAAGCAGCUGGCCAAAGGUACGCCGCUCAGCAGCAAGGGAAGGAGUAGCAGACGCGGCACCAAGCUGCAGUUUCAGGCAGCGCAGGACGAGGCACCGGUUAGCAGUCAGUCGAGUGAACAGAGUGUCGCCAGCAGCGCCGCUCUGGAUGCACUCGAGCGCAGCUCGUUUGUGCGCCAGCUGGAGAGCGUCAGCAGCAACGGACGCAACAGUAACGAGCUCAGCUUUGGCCUGAGUCAUGCCACGCUGGACAACACCUUCGGCUUCAAGGUCAAUCUGGAGAAUCUGCAGCAGGCCAAGGCGGACAUUGAGUGCAACUAUUUGACCACCAUGACGCUGGAGGUGUUUGUGCCGACGCGCGAGGAACUGCAGCCGGAUCCGCUGCACGACGAGAUACGCUGCCUGUUCUAUGCCAUCGAGCACAGUGUGCCGACGAGUGCAGAUGCAGUGGAGUCCCUGCCCAGCAAGUCCUGCGGUUAUAUUAUCGUCAACGAUGCACAGGAUUUGCUUGCCGAGGGACGCCAUCAUGGCCUGGAUGCGGAUAUUCAAGUGCAGGUCGUACAGAGCGAGGCACAGGCUUUCGAGGCGCUACUGGCACUCUGCGCGCGCUGGGAUGCAGAUAUCUAUGCUGGCUAUGAGAUCGAAAUGAGCUCCUGGGGCUACAUCAUCGAGCGCGCCAAGCAUCUGUGCUUCAACAUUGCACCACUGCUGUCGCGGGUGCCGACGCAAAAGGUGCGCGACUUUGUCGACGAGGAUCGCGAACAGUUCACCGACCUGGAUGUGGAGAUGAAGCUGUGCGGCCGCAUUCUGCUCGACGUGUGGCGUCUCAUGCGCUCCGAAAUUGCGCUCACCUCGUACACCUUCGAGAAUGUCAUAUAUCACAUUCUGCACAAGCGUUGUCCCUGGCACAGUGCACGCUCCCUGAGCGACUGGUUCGCCUCGCCCUGCACACGCUGGAUUGUGCUGGAGUACUACCUGGAACGUGUGCGCGGCACAUUGGCGCUGCUCGAUCAGUUGGAUCUGUUGGGACGCACUAGUGAGAUGGCCAAACUGAUUGGCAUUCAAUUCUACGAGGUGCUCUCCCGUGGCUCACAGUUUCGCGUCGAGAGCAUGAUGCUGCGCAUUGCGAAGCCAAGGAACCUGGUCCCAUUGUCGCCCAGCGUGCAGCAACGUGCUCAUAUGCGUGCACCGGAAUAUCUGGCGCUCAUCAUGGAGCCGGAGUCACGUUUCUAUGCAGAUCCCUUGAUCGUGCUAGACUUUCAGAGCCUGUACCCCAGCAUGAUUAUCGGCUACAACUAUUGUUUCUCCACGUGCCUGGGUCGUGUGGAGCAUCUGGGCAGCAGUGGCACCUUCGAGUUCGGUGCCUCCCAGUUGCGCGUCUCGCGCCAGUUGCUCCAACAGCUGCUGGAACGUAAUCUGGUGACGGUGUCACCUUGCGGCGUUGUCUUCGUCAAGCGCGAGGUGCGCGAGGGCAUUUUGCCGCGCAUGCUGACCGAGAUCCUGGACACGCGACAAAUGGUAAAGCAGUCGAUGAAGCUGCAUCGAGACAACUCGGCGCUGCAGCGUGUGCUGCACUCGCGCCAACUGGGCCUGAAGCUGAUGGCGAAUGUGACGUAUGGCUAUACGGCGGCCAAUUUCAGUGGUCGCAUGCCCGCCGUCGAGGUGGGCGACUCGGUGGUGUCAAAGGGCCGGGAGACGCUGGAGCGCGCCAUCAAGCUAGUGGAGCGCAACGAGAAGUGGAAGGUGCGCGUCGUCUACGGCGACACGGACUCCAUGUUUGUCCUGGUGCCGGGUCGCAGUCGUGCGGAAGCCUUUCGCAUUGGCGAGGAAAUCGUACAGGCUGUCACCGAACUGAAUCCGCAUCCGGUCAAACUGAAGCUGGAGAAGGUGUAUCAGCCGUGCAUGCUGCAGACCAAAAAGCGCUACGUCGGCUACAUGUACGAGACGGCCGACCAGCAGCAGCCCGUCUACGAGGCCAAGGGCAUUGAGACGGUGCGCCGUGACGGUUGCCCGGCGGUGGCCAAAAUGCUCGAGAAGGUGCUGCGGCUGCUCUUCGAAACGGCCGACGUUAGCCAGAUCAAGCAGUAUGUGUGCAGGCAAUUCACCAAGCUGCUCUCUGGACGCGCCAAUCUGCAGGAUCUGAUAUUCGCCAAGGAGUUUCGUGGCCUCAACGGUUACAAGCCCACCGCCUGUGUGCCGGCACUUGAGAUGACGCGCAAAUGGAUGCAAAAGGAUCCGAGACGUGUGCCGCGUCGCGGCGAGCGUGUGCCCUUUUGCAUAGUAAAUGGUCCGCCUGGAAUGCAGCUAAUCCGUCUGGUGCGCAGUCCCCAUGAGCUGUUGGGCAACGAGGGCUACAAGGUGAAUGCCAUUUACUACAUAACCAAGGCCAUUAUACCGCCCCUGAAUCGCUGCCUGCUCCUCAUUGGCGCCGAUGUGAAUGAUUGGUUUAGCAAUUUGCCGCGCAAGCUGCUGAUAACACCGGCACUGUCCACAGCUGGUGAGCUUAUGAAUCGUGGCAGCGCCAAGUCCACAAUCUCGCAAUAUUUUUCCACGACCAAUUGCAUCAUUGAGUGUGGUCGCCAGACCAAGGCGGGCAUCUGCACGGAUUGUGCCAGCAACGCCAGCAAAUGUGUGGUUACCCUGCAGGCCAAGUUGGCACAGCUGGAACGAGGCUAUUGGCUGACCCAGAAGAUAUGCCAGGCCUGCUGUGGCCGGCUGGGUGAACUGCAAUGCGGCUCCUUGGAUUGCCCUGUGCUGUACGUGCUGGAAGUAAAACGGCGGGAUAUGCAGCAAAUGCCCCACAUACGCAAACAGCUCGAGGAGCGUUUCUGAGAAUAUAUCAGUAUAUCCAUACA